AAGUUUUGUAUGUUCACAACAAACACCAUAUCCCGUUACGUCUUCUCUUCCAUAGCUCGCAAUGAUAUCGACUUGUGUUUGAAGAACUACAUAGAAUAUGUCUCGCCGUGCAAGCGUUCCAUCCAAAGGUGAAAAGGUCACCGAUUCCCUGCUCAAAGAACGAGUCCGUGAGCUUGAAAGUGAAGUAUCCUCAUUGAAGAGAAGAUUAGAUGAGUUAAGAAAAGCUAAGAACACCACUAUAUUGAAAAAAGAAAAGCAGUAUGUGUCAGUUGGAGAACCAAGCAUUUCAAAAUCAACUACUGAUAACGGAAAAGUUAGUGAUUUACAAAAACAGAUUGAACAACUGAAAAUAAAACACAGCAAAGAACUGCAAGAUGAAAAAGUGAAGGAAAACAAAGACUGUGGACAUGCCUCUGUCAUUGACCAGAUGACAAAAAAAUGUGAAGUCUUAGAAAAGGAAAAACAGGAAGCGUUAUACUUGAAUGAUAUCAUGGGUAAAGAAAACCAAGAACUGAGUGAGAAAUAUCAGCAAUUACUGACAGAACUGAGUAUAAAGGAAGCAGAAUGGUGUGAAAAAGAGGAACAGCUUAAUAUAAAACUCAAGUUACAAUGGGGAGAGAAGUACAGAGAAUGGAUGCAACAAACUGAACAGAAAAUUGCAGAUUUACAGAAAGUCAAUCAGUUUUUGAGAACUCAGCUGCAGACCCAGGCACCUAAAGACGAUGAUCCUUUCUCAUAGAGAAAUGAAAGGAUGGAGCAUUAUCAUUUGUUUCCAUGGUGACCUCUUCCCAGCAUGCAUUUUUCUAUAUGCACCAGUGUAAACUGUCAUUUUUAAACCGUGUUAUAUAAGUGAUUACCAAUAUAGUAGUGCAGGUACUUGAGGUUCAGGUGAUUAGGAACAACAGGUGCUAUCUUAUGUCAAACAUUUUUAUUAUAUUUAUUUAUUUAAAUAUCACUCACAUAUUUUCUGUCGAUGGUUUCCACAAGCUAAAACAUAGUAUACAAUUAACAAACUACAUUACCAUAUGAAAGCAC